AUGCGCGCGCCAGGCCUCCUGGCGCCCCUGCUGGGGCUGGGCCUGGGGCUGGCGCUGAGUCUGCCGCCCCCGGUGGCCACGGACUGCACGUCGCUCGGCCCCUCCGAGCGCCUGGCAUUCUCCCCAGCGGCCAGGACCCGCUGGCUGGCCCCCCAAGUCAGGGCACCGGGGCCCCUGGACCCCCUUUAUGGCAUGGUGCGCCGCUUCCUGUCCGUGGUGCAGCUCAACCCCUUCCCUUCGGAGUUGGUAAGGGCCCUGCUGAACGAGCCGUCCUCCUUGAAGGUGGAUGAGGUGGUGCGGUACGAGGCGGGCUACGUGGUGUGCGCAGUGACCGCGGGCCUCUACCUCGUGGCAGUGCCCACGACCGGCCUCUGCUUCUGCUGUUGCCGCUGUCGCCGGCGCUGUGGUGGCCGUGUGAAAACUGAGCACAAGGCCAUGGCCUGUGAGCGUGGCACGCUCAUGGCCUUCCUGCUGCUGACCACCAUCAUGUUGCUGGCUGGUGUGGUCUGUGCUUUUGUCACCAACCAACGCACACAUGAGCAGAUGGGGCCCAGUGUUGAAGCUGUGCCUGAGACACUGCGCAGCCUCCGGGGCCUGGUCUCCGAUGUCCCCGGGGAGCUCGAGGCCGUGGCUAAGCAGUUCUCUGUGCCCCAGGAGCAAGUCUUGAAGGAGCUGGACGGGAUGGGUGAGAGCAUCGGCCCCACCAUUCACAGCCAGCUCAGGAGCACCAUGUACUCGGUGCUGGCCUCGGUACACAGCCUGGGCCAGGCCCUGCAGGUCUCCACGGACCAGCUCCGUGCCCUGAACAGCUCCUCGGUGGCGCUGCGGGAGGGACAGCAGCAGCUGGUGCUGGCUCUUGAGAAGCACCGAGACCGCCUGCUCGCCCUGCUGCAGCAGCCUGGGUGCGGGAAGGACUGCACAGACACCCAGGACCGGGCCCAAGCCCUGGAGCUGGCCGCUGACUUCACCCAGGUGCCCCCUGUGGAUAAUGUCUUGCAUCACCUGAAGGGUGUCCCCGAGGCCAACUUCUCCAACAUGGUCCAGGAGGAGAACACUACCUUCAACAGCCUCCCGUUCCUGGUGGCCAUGCAGAUGGAGCUUGUGAUCAAAGAUCUGAAGGAGGCGGUGGCCCAGAAGCCAGAAGGCAUGGGGACACUGGCUGAAGCGUUCCCCGAAUUGGAAGCAGCUCCCCGCUGGAGCCGGGCCCUGGAGGAGUUGGAAGAAAACAGCCGUCCCUAUCUGCAGGAGGUGCAGAGAUACGAGACCUACAGGUGGACGGUGGGCUGCGUGCUGUGCUGCGUGGUCCUGCUCGUGGUGGCCUGUAACCUGCUGGGCCUCAGCCUGGGCAUCUGGGGACUGUCUGCCAGAGAGGACCCCAGCCAACCGGAAGCCAAGGGCGGGGCUGGAGCCCGCUUCCUCAUGGUGGGGGUGGGCUUCAGCUUCCUCUUCGCCGCGCCCCUCAUCCUCCUGGUCUUCCUCACCUUCCUGGUGGGCGGCAACGUGCAGACCCUGGUGUGCCGGAGCUGGGAGAGCGGGGAGCUCUACCAGUUUGCAGACACCCCGGGGAACCUGCCCCCAUCCCUGAACCUGUCCCACCUUCUCGGCCUGAGGAAGAACGUCAGCGUCCUCCUGACCUAUCAGCAGUGCAGGGAAGGGGCUGCCCUCUGGAAGGUCCUGCAGCUGGAUGACUCCUACAACCUGGAGAAGUACCUGGAUAUCAGCCAGUACACCCACAGCCUGCAGCAGAACUUGCAGAACUUCAAGCCGAAUGUGCAGAAUCUGGAGCUGUUGAGCCCGGAGGCUCACCGGGACCUGGAGGCGCUGCAGAACAGUGGGCUGGAGAAAGUCCACUACCAGGCCUUCCUCGUGCAGAUCCAGAGGCCUGUGGUGAACACUGACCUGGAGCAGCUGGCCCAGGAGCUGGAGGGGCUGGCCCAGGCCCAGGGCAAUUCUUCGUUGGGGCAGCAGCUGAGAAUGGAGGCCCAUGGGCUUAGAGAUCUCUAUCGGGAGAAGGUUGUCCCCCAACAGAACCUGGUGGCAGAGCUCAACCUCAGCGUCAGGGCCCUGGAAUCCGCUGCCCCUCGUCUUCAGGUGGCCACAGCGGGCGUCCUGAGCCAAGUCGCUGACCUCGAAAGAGAGCUGCCUGCCAGGGCCGCCCGCAUCCUGAUGAACGAAAGUGCCUGCUUCCUGAGCCGGGAGUUGAGCUACUUCUCGCAGUACUUGGCCUGGGUGAGAGAGGAGGUGACUCAGCGCAUCGCCACCUGCCAGCCCCUCUCCGCAGCCCUGGACAAUGGCCGUGUGAUCCUGUGUGACAUGGUGGCCGACCCCUGGAACGCCUUCUGGUUCUGCCUGGCCUGGUGCACCUUCUUCCUCAUCCCCAGUAUCAUCUUUGCUGUGAAGACCUCCAAGUACUUCCGUCCCAUCCGGAAACGCCUCAGCUCUACCAGCUCUGAGGAGACUCAGCUCUUCCACAUCCCCCGGGUCACCUCCCUGAAGCUAUAG